UUUGAGGAAGUUCUCAUCUCAUCCGCACCGUUCAGAAGGCUUCUCAUAUUCAAGCGCGCGCCUCUGACCGUUCUUUUAAGUGCGCUCGCUCCAUCCAUACCACAACACCAAAGAGCGGCUGUCCUUUCUGCUACUACGGGCGGGUUAGCUACAUAUUCAGCGGCUCACGGGGAACCGUGGUAGGCCAAAGGCCGGUUGUGCAAAAAUGGGAGCAUCUUCUAGUCUUCUGGACGAAACUAAAGCAAACUACAUUAAAGGCCGUGCGGAGGCGGAGCUAAAGAACUUCAUUCCUCACUACCGACAGCAGGCCCUACAGGCCAGGGUGCAGCUGCUGCAGGAGGAGGCGGAGCCUCGCAGGGAGGGGCGGGGCCAGCUGCUGACUCCCAAGGAGAUGAGGGGCUCAGAGGAGUUGUUGUACCAGAACAGUGUCAAUUGCCAUGAUGACAGCAGGAAGUGGAAGGAGAGGUUUGUGGUCGUCAGGGGAAACCACACACUGGAACUCCACGACACCUUGGAGAGCUUCAGCAGAGGGACCCCUGCCAGACACAGUCAGAGUUUAACAGGAGGGGAGGCGACGACCUCAGAGGACACAUACUCUGCUCUGCUGGACAGGGCCUUUCCUGACCCCAAUGGUGUGAAGGAGGAGACCCAGUCUGUGGUUCCUGCAGGAUGGUUCCCUGUGUUCCUGUGUCUCCCCUACAGUCCAGACAUCUUCUUCUGCUUCAGACAGGAAGAGCAACAAGCCCACUUCCUGUCCAUCCUAAACACCUGCAUCAGACACCAGAACCUUGGCUGGCGUGAGGGCCCCAGAGGGGAGGUGCUGGCACUGCAGAGAGCCCUGCUGUUCUACAGGCAGGAGAAAAACCACUACGAGGGCUGGGAGCUGGAACUGGGCUCUGACCUGCAGGUGCUGUGUAACCUGGUGAUGGAGGAAACUGCUCCCCAUCCCUCCAGACUGGACCUGCUGCCCAGACUGAGAGGCAGGAGGAGGCUGUGGACUGCUGUAGUGCAGGCAGCGUACCAAUUGGUCCAGGAGCAGCUGGGGGCGGGGCUAGAGGCCCUGAAGGAGGAGUGUCGCCAAACUGCCUCGGCCAAUCAGACGCUCAUACGCUCCGACCUGGACCAGAUCCUGGCCUCGCGAGCCCUUCUUACAGGACAAGCUGUCAGAGUGUGUGUGUGUUCAAGCGGAGCGUGUGUGCAGCACCAGUGUGGCCCCCUGCCUGCCGUCCCUCCUGGAGGAGGUGAGGGGGGGGCGUCAGGGGGGGCUUACUGGCCCUGCGGCACCACCUGGAGGCUCUCCUCUACCCCUCCCCCCCUCUCCUCUACCCUCCCCUCUCCUCCUCCCCUCCAGGUAGUGUCUCCCCUCUUCUCUGCCAGUCUGGAGCAGUGCUACCAGCCGGUGGAGCAGCUGAGGGAGAAGCUUCUAGACCUCCACCAGAGAUUCAGAUACUCCAACUGCCAGCGGCUCAUCCACACCACGCAGAUAGACAUGCAGCAGCUGAUGGAAAGUGCUGUUCACACCUUUGAGCUACUGGUCCAGUCAGAGCCACCAGCUCAGUGGAGCUCUACCGUAGAGAAGAUCAAGCUACGCGUGCUCAAGCUGUACGACCAUGACAGCCGCUUGGUUCUGAAGAGGAUCCUAAAGGAAGCUCUGACUGACAUCACACUUCCUGUUCUACGCAGGAACUUGGCGCCCUCCUGUAAACCUGAGCUGCAGAAGUUCGAGCAGUUUAUCUUUGCUGACUACAGCCAGCUCAUCCAGGUGGAGAACGUGUAUGAAGACCUUCUACUCUGCCUGAUCACCAAGGAAAAUCGACAAGGUGAUGCUGGCAGCAGCCAGUGAGAAGAACAACCCAUCUCCAGGUGGACAGUUCCAACCAAGCCACCAGUCAGUCCAGCUUGUCUUGCUACUCUGACCCUGGUCUUGACCCUGACCCCAACCCUGACCCCAGCCUCGGUUCAAAACCCAGACUUGACCUUGGCCCUGACCCCAGUCCUAUCCCUGACCCUAAUCUUGACCCAAGUCCUAACCCUAGUCUUGACCUCAGCCCUGACCCCAGUCCUAAUCCUGACCCUAGUCUUGACCUCAGCCCUGACCCCAGUCCUAAUCCUGACCCUAGUCUUGACCUCAGCCCUGACCCCAGUCCUAAUACUGACCCUAGUCUUGACCUCAGCCCUGACCCCAGUCCUAAUCCUGACCCUAGUCUUGACCUCAGCCCUGACCCCAGUCCUAAUCCUGACCCUAGUCUUGACCUCAGCCCUGACCCCAGUCCUAAUCCUGACCUUGACCCUAGUCCUGAUCCUGUUUCUAUCCAUUCCUGUCCUCAACCCACCUCUGACCUCCAGCCUGCCUCUCUCAAGUCUGAGGAGAUGUCUGACCCCAGCCCUUCCCCUGCCUCCCCCCCAGCCCCCCUCCCCGAGUUCUCACCUCAGGACCAGAUUCCAGCAGCUCCCUCUGCUGUGGGAGAGACACACACAGGAUGUGAGGUCAUCGCUACAGGAUGUGAUGUCAUUCCCACAGGAUGUAAUGUCAUUGACAUAGUGACCGACAGUCUUGCUUCUCUGUCUGCCACUGCGCCCCCUACUGGCCAGAGACAAGCUACUGACAGAGCAGUGUACCUUAACCCUCCUAAAGCACACCCUGAAACACGACACAGUGAUAUGAUCCAAGAUGCCACCCCCAUAAGUGGCAGUGGUAUGGUCCAUGAUACCACGCCCAUGAGUGACAGUGGUACGGUCCAAUCUGACACCCCCAUAAGGGACAGUGGUACAGUCCAAUCAGACACCCCCAUAAGUGACAGUGGUACAGUCCAAUCACACACCCCCAUAAGUAACAGUGGUAUGGUCCAAUCAGACAACCCCAUGAGUGACAGUGGUACGGUCCCAUCAGACACCCCCAUGAGUGACAGUGGUACGGUCCCAUCAGACACCCCCAUGAGUGACAGUGGUACGGUUCAAUCAGACACCCCCAUGAGUGACAGUGGUACGGUCCCAUCAGACACCCCCAUGAGUGAUAAUGGUACGGUCCCAUCAAACACCCCCAUGAGUGACAGUGGUACGGUCCAAUCAGACACCCCCAUGAGUGACAGUGGUACGGUCCAAUCAGACACCCCCAUGAGUGACAGUGGUACGGUCCCAUCUGACACCCCCAUGAGUGAUAAUGGUACGGUCCAAGAUACUACCCCCCCCCAGUGAAAGUGGUACAGUCCAAUCUGACACCCCCAUGAGUAAUAGUGAUGCAGUCCAAGAAACCACCCCUAUGAGUGAAAGUGGUACAGUCCAUUCUGAAUUCCCCAUGAGUAAUAGUGGUACGGUCCAAUCAGGAGAGACCGGUGCUGAGGGGGAGGAGCCAUCCUCCCCAUUGGACAGUAUCAAGCAGAUCAGAGAGCUGGUGGUGGAGGUGAUAGAGGUGGAGGACCUGGUGUACAGGCGUCCCCAAGGCAACAACACAGCCUGACCCGGCUUUGUCAUGGCAACUGCACGGACACAACCCACAGCGUUGUUGCGGCAACAUCACCGCCUGACCUGGCCAAGACAUCUGGUCUGAAAAACGUUCAUGUUGUCUUUAACCAUCAACGUAACAAUUGUACAAUUUUAGACUUUUAUAUAUAUAUAUUAUAUAUAUGUAAAAAAAAUAAAAAAUACUUCACAAGAGUAAAACACCUCCGUACUGAUGUCAUUUUUGUUCCGUAAUAAAAAAUUACUAAUGAAGUUCUCAGUGAAGACACAAGGUGUCAUGGCAACGACCGGAUGACAUGGAGUCUGAGGUUUUAUUAAGACAUGAAGCCCUCAUAUAGAAAAAAACAGCUUCUAUCUUACAGCUUAUUAGAUACUAAUGAAACAUGCAGAAAUGUUCAAUAACAAAUGAAAUACAUCAAGCAGUAGUAGAGGUACACAUCAUCAUAACCAAACACUUCCUGGUGAAAGGCCUCAGUGCAGUUGUAGUUCUAGGGGUGCAGUGAUGUGGUAAAUUGUAGUUUUUUUAAGAUGGUGGUUAAGGAUCAGGCGUGUCCCUGAAUAAAGAUGUCCUGGUUGAGAGUAGAAGUGAAUAUCUUCAUACAUCCACUGUCCUGAAGACACAGUUCCUCCACAACACCACCGAGGAGGAGGAACUUACAACCUUCU